AUGGCACUUCCGCUUGAUCUCCGUGUCAGCCCGACUCGGGCUGCUACUUGCUUGAUCGUCUGCAGCUGCUACUGUUUGCUCGGUGGCGCUAUCUACAGCUUCCUGGAGCCUGAAUGGUCCUUCACUGAUUGCAUUUACUUCAGCUUUGUGACCACCACCACAGUCGGAUAUGGGUGCUUGGCACCUACAUCCAUGGAGUCACGUGCCUUCACCAUGGUUUAUGCCUUCUUCUCCGUGCCCUUCAUCACAGGUACCCUCGCAGAGUUUCAACGUGCUUGGCUCUCGCUCUGCUUCAGGCCUUGGUGCUGGAUGCUCAGCCACUGCCUUCCAACACCGGAGCGUGGGGAUUGGAUCCACAUCGAGGAGUCGAAUGUCUGGGUCCUCUCCUCGGUCCCUUUCUACUUCUGGGGCAUCGUGGAGCUGGCGACGUUCCUGGCCGCCACGGCAUUCUUGAUGAUGCUCGUGAUGUGGGCGAUGUUUGUUGACUCACCGGGUGCUUUUGCGAGCAGUCUGGAUGUCACACAGGCCUACGAAAUGGGUCUCUUCGACAGCAUCUAUUACUUCGUCAUCACUUCAACAACGGUUGGCUACGGAGACAUUUGCCCACGCACGAAUUCGGCGAAGGGCUGGUCGAUCGUUGUUGCUAGCUAUGGCAUUGGCUUGAUCAUCAUGUGGGCUGACCAUAUUAACAGAUUGAGACAAGCCCGCCAGCUGAGCUUGCGAAAGGCACGGAUGCUGCAGCGGGAGCUGGAUCCCACCUUGAUCGAGGAGUUCGAUGUUAGUGGCGACGGGAAAGUCACGGAGCUGGAGUACGUUCUGGCCAUGCUGAGGGCAUUGGAACUUGUGAACAUGGACCACGUCACACCAAUCAUCGAUCGCUUCAAGGAGUUAGACAAAGACGGGAAUGGCGUCCUGGACCGUGACGACCUGCAACGCCUGCUGCUGCGACGCUGCGACCAAAUCGAGACGGAGCACCGUAGUCGACCAAGGCUUUCUCGCUUGAGCAGCCGGGUUGCCGUAAGUGCUGGGACCGCUGUUGGUCACACCUCUGCCGCCUCUGCCUCUAACGGUACUACCGGCUCCAUGGAGCACCGUCGCUCUCACAGCGGUGACACAGAUCGACUUUGCGCACGCAGCAUCUCGACCUUAAGAUUUGCCCAGGAGGAUGAGGAGAAGUAUGAGGAUGAGGAUGUGGUCACCAACACAUAUUUGUAA